AUGGGUGGCAUGAACUACCACAUAGAGAUUUUGUUUGCUGAUGGAGUUCGGUGGUUGGCUCGUAUUCGAAGAUCUAACGCUACUUCACCACCGCCCGACCUACGUGACUAUAUCAUGCGCAGCGAAGUUGCGACUCUCCAGUUCCUUGGCCAAACCAAAAUUCCUGUUCCGAAGGUGUUCGACUACGCGCUGGAAGGGCAAACUCCCGUCAGCGUUGGAUAUAUACUCAUGGAAAACCUCCCGGGGAAACCAUUACGCUGGUCUCUCGCGUCUCAGGAGCAAAGGAAGAAAGUCAUGACCCAGCUAGCGGAUGUAUACAUUGAGUUGGAACGUUUUGCGAGUGUCCACAUUGCCUCGUUUGCCAGGGAACCAUUGACUGAAUAUGUCAACUCGCAAAUGGUUCCCCUCGGGCCAUACAAGGACCCGAGAGAGUACCUCCAAUCUAGCAUUGAGCUCAUAAUGAGAUUGAUCCUGAGAGGGGAACGCUAUUCAGGACACGAGAUAGAUGCAUUCUUAGUUCACCGGUUUCUUCUUGAUUGCAUCCCAAAAAUCAUAGUACACCACACUUUUGACGACGGACGAUUCUAUCUACGGCACGCUGAUGACAAGGGUGAUCAUAUUCUCGUUGAUGGCGAUUACAAUAUCACGGGAAUCGUUGAUUGGGAAUGGGCUCAUACAGACUCAAAGACUGAAGCAUUUAAAUCGCCCGUCAUGCUUCUCCCAGUUUCUGACUUUUACGACGGAGUUAAUACACUUGGCGAGGAUGAAUCCACUUUUGCAGAUAUACUUGAGGCAAAGAGAAACAAGGGACUUGCAGAGAUAGUCAGGAACGGGAGACUGCUCCAUAGGUUCCAGUUCUGUUGUGGGUAUGACUUUGCAGAUUGGGAGGGCUUUCUGGGUCUUUUUCAAGGCCUUCGAAAUGCCUUGAAGAUAGAUGCAGAUAUGGGUUGGGAGGAUUGGAAGACAAACGCUUUGGAACGAUAUUCAGGUGAUGUACAUCUAAAUACUCUACUGGGGCAGACGGGAUAG